CUACUCCGAAUCCAGUUAUGGCAUUAUCCUUCUUCUCUUCCACAACUGCAGUUACAUGCUCAAAGCUCCAUCACAAUCCAGCCCUUCAAUUCAACACCAUGAACUCCCAUAAACAAAGCUCGAAUGCCGUCUGUGCCAUGGCGGAGCCACCACCAGAGUCUGGGUUGCCGGCAAGGAAAUCCAACCUUGCCGUAGGCUCUCCAAUAAUCGUAACUGAAGCUCCCAGAAUGAUAAAAACUGCAGCAUCCGUUCCAUGCCUCCGGGUUAACUCCGGCUUAGUCAAACCGGGUGACGUCGGAAGAAUUGUGUCAAGAAAGCCAAAGGAUGUGUGGGCAGUACGGCUUUCAAUUGGCACUUACCUCAUUGAUGGGAAAUACUUCAAGCCCUUGGAGUUGGACCUUGACCAAUAGACUAGUGAUUUUUGUAUUUUUAUUUUACCUGCUCAUGUUAUUAUUAAUACAUUUUCCAUAGUAUUAAAUUGACUGCAUCUAGUUAGUAAUGUAAACUUUUACUAGGGGUGAGCAUGGUCCAGUGCGGUACGGUUUUGGGGUAAAAUUGAAAUCGAACUGAAAGCUAUUUUGGUUUGAUAGUGUGCACUGAAAUGAAACCAAACAAUUCGGUUU